AUGAGAGAAGAAAACCAGUCUGCUACCACAGAUUUCAUCCUCUUGGGAGUGACUGGACAGCAGGAACAGGAAGACAUCUUCUUCAUCCUCUUCCUGCUCAUUUACCCCAUCACACUGGUUGGAAACAUGCUCAUCAUCCUGGCCAUUCUCUCUGAUGUUCGCCUCCAUAAUCCCAUGUACUUCUUCCUUGUCAAUCUCUCUUUUGUAGACAUCUUCUUCUCAUCUGUCACCAUCCCCAAGACGCUGGCCAACCAUCUCGUGGGUAGCAGAGUCAUCUCCUUUGCUGGAUGUCUCACACAGAUGGAUUUCAUGAUAGGUUUGGCUAACACAGACAGCUAUAUCCUGGCUGCAAUGGCAAUUGAUCGAGCUGUGGCCAUCAGCCGCCCUCUUCAUUAUACAAUGAUUAUGAGACCCCGUUCUUGUGUCCUGAUGCUUGUUGCGUCUUGGGCAGUUGCAAUCAUCAAUUCCUUUCCCCACACUGUAUUUACAGCUAGUCUUUCUUUCUGUGGCAACAAGGAAGUGGCCAACUUCUACUGUGACAUUGCACCUUUGCUCAAGCUGUCCUGCUCUGACAUCCACUUGAAUGUGAAGAUGAUGUACCUUGGGGUUGGCCUUUUCUCAUUGCCAUUUCUGUGUAUCAUUAUCUCCUAUGUUUGGGUCUUUGCCACUGUCUUACGGGUUCCAUCCACUAAGGGUAUACUCAAAGCCUUCUCCACCUGUGGCUCUCAUCUUACUGUGGUUUCAUUGUACUAUGGGACAGUCAUGGGCAUGUAUUUCCGACCUUUGACCAGAUAUAGCCUUAAAGAUGCAGUGGUUACUGUGAUGUACACAGCAGUGACCCCAAUGUUAAAUCCGUUCAUUUACAGUCUGAGAAACCGGGACAUAAAGGCUGCUCUGGGGAAACUCUUUGGCAGAACUUCUUCAUCCCUGCUGUGA